AUGUCUUCCAUGGAAAAGGACCGCAUCGAGUCUGACGACCAGACCAUGUCCAGCGAAGAAGCGCCCCGACGAGAGCGCCGCAGCAAGAAGAAGGGCAGCAAGCGCCGCCAGCAAGCACCACCCCAACAGCAGCAGCAGCAGGGCGGAGGAUCAGGACCUCUCGACCAGCUGCCCCUCGCCGGAGACCUGGGCAACACAGUCGGCGGCGUCACAGACGGCGUGUCCAACACCCUAGGAGGCGUUACGGGCGGUCUGGGCGGUCUCACGGGCGGUCAGCAGCAGGGCGGCGGCGGCGGUGAUGCCGGUAAAGACACGCUGCGACUGCGUCUGGAUCUCAACCUCGACAUUGAGAUCCAGCUCAAGGCUCGUAUCCACGGUGAUCUCGAGCUCUCUCUACUAACGGGAUAG